AUGUCACUAAAAACCAGCAAAGUACCUCAGAAAUGGAAAUCCGCUAAUUUAUUACCACUCCCUAAAAAAUCACCAUUAAAUUCGUGCAACCAGUUAAGACCAAUCUCUCUGACGGACAUCAUCAUGAGACUAUUCGAGAAGUGCGUGUAUAAAUCUGAAAUCGAACCUAUCACAAGAAAUAACAUUGGUCCUGACCAAUUUGCUUAUAAAAAGGGUCACAACUCGACUGUGGCUCUGAUUAAAUCCCAACAUCAAUGGCUAGAGUGGCUGGAUAAAAACGCUAAUUGUGUUAGAGUGCUGUCGUUCGAUUUCAGCAAAGCAUUUGACAGUGUGCCCCACGAUCUUUUGUUUGAAAAAGUUAAAAAGCUACCCAUUAAUCCGUAUGUGGUGAACUGGUUAAUUAGCUUUCUAGAAAAUAGAAUACAAAGAGUAAUGGUUGAUGGAAUGGUUACAGAAUAUUUAUAUAUUAAUCGUGGUGUCCCUCAAGGUACUGUUUUAGGCCCAGUUCUUUUCUCAAUAAUGGUUGAUGAUAUUAAAACUGCUGAUCCUAGUAAUGCGUUAGUCAAAUUUGCUGACGAUUUGACGUUAGGAGUGCCUGGCAACGAAAGUGGAGACACAUCUCGAUCUGAAGCUGCCUGUUUACAGGAUUGGGCGGAAGAGAAUAGAAUGCUCUUAAACUUGGAAAAAACGUACGAAAUGGUUGUUCGCAGACACACCUCUGUAGUUUUGCCCGAACUUAUCCCUUCAAUUAAGCGAAAAACAUGGCUAAAGCUUUUAGGAGUUACUCUACAAGAUAACCCGUGCAACUGGGAUUUGCACUUUGAAGAAAUGUUCAAAAAAGCAAGUGGACGAAUGUACAUUAUGAGAGUUUGCAAAUACUAUGGACUAUCAAUUAAACAAUUAGAUCUGCUGUUUGAUAGCCUAAUUAUGUCGAUAUUCACUUUUGCUAUUGAGCUGUGGGGUUGUGCAUACGACGGUAAAUAUUUGAACCAAAUAGAUAAAUUCAUUAAACGUGCACAUAAGAAUGGUUAUAUAUCAAAACGAACACACAUUAAAGAAAUACGUGAUAAGAGAGAUAAGAAACUGUGGAACAAAAUAACAUCAACUGAGGACAAUGCAUUGCUUGAACUGCUGCCGGAAAAAAGAA